UUCAAACUACAGUUAUAUCGACAAAUUUCGGAUUAAUUUACAAAUCCUGGAAUAAACGAACGAAAUCCAUAGAUAGUCAACGGUUUACUUUUAAGUCAAGACUUGAAGACUUGACUGAUCUUCCCGUAUCUAGUUAUGGGCCUCAUAUGGAUAAAGCCCAUUUACACAAUUGAAUCAUACAUACUCCUCCUAAAAGGCUCGCAAGUCCAUUAGGGUACUAUCGUCGACAGCGCUAUCAAGACACUUCCGUCUUCCUCGUUGCAGAGAGAGCGAGAGAGAGAGCGAGAGAAGAGGUUGAUAGUACACAACAUGUUGUCUUGCAACAUUAGAGGAGUGGUUAACAAGUUUCCUCUGCGUAUCGAACCCGAGAAGAUAAUCGUGAAAGAGGUCGAUUUCAACCCGGAUUUUCUCAAGCACAUGAUCGCCAAGAUUGAUUGGAAGGCUCUCGUGGACGGUGCACGUUCGAUGGGAUACACCGAACUUCCCAAUCACGCACCGGAAACAACGACGCUUGAAUCUGACGAAUCCUUUCUCAGGAAAUUUCACCACUCGUUGCUCGAGCUACAUCUCGAAGAAGGCUCACUUGUCUGCUCAGAAACCGGUAGGAAGUUUCCGGUUAACAAAGGAAUCCCCAAUAUGCUUCUCCACGAGGACGAGGUUUAAAUUAAGCAUUGUGUUAUAUAUAGACAGAUUCAUCUUUCAUUACGUGUUAUAAUGGGUGAUUCCUUUAAGCUAUUUUAGAACACUUCCCAAAAUCUUAAUCAUGAAAACUUGUCAUUCUACUUUAA